GAAAAAAGAUUCGAGGCCAUCUCGAAAAAAAUAAAUGCGGGGCCAUCACCAAACGGAAAUUCUCCGCUGAGCGACAUCAGCACACGACGGGCCUCCUCUAGUUUUCCCCUUUCAUCAAGCAAAACCAACGACAACGACCACAAAUAUGCCGCCACGAUUGCUCUCAACGCCGUGCGCCUUUAGCAAGGUCGCCAACAUCUCCAAUUCCAUCACCCGCACAUUUACUUCCACUGCCGCUGUCGCCUCGCCACCUCGUGAGCCUCCUCACCCCCAUCGCCCUACCACAGCGUCCGCUACGACUCCCACCUCGUCGACAAGCAGCCUGCUUUCCAUUGACGACCGCGCCAAUGCUGCUGCUGCCGCCUCCCAGAACGCCUUCCAGCCCAAGGGCACCGUUGCCAACCGCAUGAUGACCCGCUUCAAGGACAAGGCCAACUCGGCGCUGCGCGAGAAGCAGUCCCAGCUCGACUUUCUGCGCAACCGCAAGAUCUCCGACGACUACCUCAAGCAGAUGCCGCGCCGCUGGGCUGCCGGUGAUGUCUACUCGCCGCAUGAUAUGAGCCCGGUCGAGAUGCAAAAGUGGAGGAGACGGUCAGGCCGCCGCACCGACGUGAUUGAUGCCCUGGGCAUUCGACCAUUGGACAUGUACAAGAACUUUUCGCUUGUCCAGGAAUUCACCAACGCCGCUGGCCAGAUUAGCCACCCGAGCGUCACGCAGCUUCGACCCGUGAACCAGCGCAAGGUUGCCAAGAUGAUUCGCCGUAUCCAGGGCAUGGGUAUCUAUCCUACUAUCCACGACCACCCUGAACUCAUCCGAAACGAAUUCUUCCCCGAGAAGGGCCGAAGGUAAAUGGAGGAGAGAUGGUGUGGUAAAACAAAGCAAAAAGCAUGGAGAUAUCAGCACGGAUGGACAGACAGACCGCCUCGAUUUGAUACGGGACAAGAACAUAUGGCGCAUGACUUUUUAUUCUCCUUUGUUACAAAAUGCCUAUAUGUACAAUAGCGCGCCUUGAGCAACCCCCAUUAUGUAUAAUUACAAGCCCUUUUAAAGUUAUCGGGCGAUGCGCUGGCUAGCCAGCAUUUUUUAUGCUUUAAACUCCCGCUUAAUCUUGAACUGGCAAAGCCCAAGUUCGUUUUGGCGGCGGCCGAUCUUCAUGGGCACCUUCCAUGUUUCCGGAUACUGCUCCGAUGCCCAGCCCAUAAAACUUCUUUGAAGUUGUUGGCCAGGCAAGGCAUUGUAGGCAAUGGCCAAUCUGUGGUUACGGUUAGCAAUAUGCUAUGAAUGGGUAAUAAUGAAACAACUUACGUCAUGCCCUCGGGCUCGCAACCGACAACAGCCGGCAUCUUGGUAAUGGCAUUGCGGACCUCCUUCUCUACGCCGCUACCGGCAAUAGCUCCAAUGUACGCGUUGUAAACCGAGGCAGGGAUGUCGAGAUCCAUGCGCUCGAUUCUAUCCCAGAUCUCGCGGGCCUGCUUAUGGCCGCCUGAUCGUCGUUCGAGAGUGUAGAAAAUUGCUUCAAGCGAGGCGUAUGAUGGCCCUUGCUUGGAACCUGUGAUUUGGUGCCAGUAAUCAAUGGCAAUCAGAGGCUUUUCACACGAUGCAAAGGCAAACAUUAACGCAGUGUACAGUUUUGUGUCUGGCUGGAUCGUCGUGUCCAUCUUCAUCAUGUUGUGCACAGCCUCCAACGCCUCGGCAUCGGAAUACUUGGCAAGCCCUUCAAAGCAUUCCAAGUACGUGCUCAUGCGAGGAUGGUAUUCUUUGUUGGCGUGUUGCCGCAUAUGACGGAAUACCUGGCAGGCCAUGUCUGAUCGCUUGCGGGCGAAAAACGAUGAGAGCAGUUGCAUUCGUCGCUCAAAGCUGGUGUCUGAGAAUAACUGGUGCAAAAUUUGAUAUGAAUCCCAAGCUCGUUGCGUGCUGGUCCCCGGAUCGACGCAGAACUUGACAAAGGCGUCCUGGACAAUCUCGCGCUCUGGGUCGCUAUAUUUGAAGCAGUGCAUGGAAACGGCAUCCAUGACAUCAAAGUGUUGAUCGUUUUCGAGGAAUCGAAUGCAAGUCGAAGCAACUGUUGACGGCUCUAAUCGUAGAAGCUCCUCCUCAACUGAGACUAAGAGCGCGGAAAUAAGCUGAAAGUUGGGUGGUACUUGUUUUGUGAGAGCAAUGAAAUACUCAUUGACAAGCUCACGGAAUUCUCCAUAGAGAUGGGCUGAAGAAUCAUUGUCCCAUGGUUGCAAAUAUUUGACUUGAUCGUAGUCGGCCGGAAUGUCGUCCAAGUUACCAGAGCGCAGGUUGAGCGCCAUCCGGCGGAGUGCCGUCUCUCCAUCGGCACUGAGACCGAGUUUGCUCAUAAGUGUACAUAGCUGGAUGCUAAGCCCCGCAUCGUUCAGCUCCGCUGCAACGGUCAGGAGUCCGUUAAUCGUAGCGAUGUCAGGGGAGAUGGGCUUGUCGAAAUCGACCAUGUGAGACAUCAUCGCUUCCACCUCUGUGAGGCUUUUACCCAUGAGUAAAAUCGCCUGGAGCAGCACAUCCCAGUAUUGUUUGCGCGGCUGGGACUCUCCGAGCUCCAAAAAGAAUGGGAUUGCCCAGUCCUGAAGCCCGUUUCUCUUGGCAAAUGAUGCGACCGUUCUAUACACGGUAGGUCGUCGGCGCUUUUGUUGAAUCUCUUUCGUGAACCACUUUUUGGUCUCUUCAAUGUUAUUCUUUUCGGCAAAGUGCUUGACGACAAUGUCCUGAAGGACCGCAGUAUACGCGAUACCACUGCUUUCCGCUUUGUCUAGAAGCUGCACCAGAAGCUCGUCGCAACCGUCGCGGGCUAGGCCCUGCACCACAAACUCUAGGAGAUUGUCUUCCUGAGUAAUGCGUUCAAAAUAUGACGAGUCGUCCCACUUCUCGUACAUCAGUCGGAGAGCUUCUUCGGAUCGACCGUACUCGGAAAGGGCGCGCACUAGGAAACUCCACUGCAGCUCUUGAGGACGAGGCUUCCCCGUGAAGUUCCCAGAGGACCAGAUAUCGUAUAACGUUCGGGCGAGUGCCACAUGAUGUUCUGUUCGUUCUAUAGGGUUGAUUUUGAGAAGGACCUGACGGGUCAUGGCGAGGUCGACAGAGGAGAGAGGUUUGACGUUGCGGUCCGAUUUCGAGGGAUGGGCGAGGUAUUCUAUCAGGUCGCGGCACUGCUGUGCUUGUGUACUGUUGAAGGGCAUAUUAUGUCGUAUUUUUGACUCCAUGAGCUUUCUCCACGACUCAAUGAGCUCCUUUCGAGGCGGCGGGCGGACUCUGUCGAGCAUGCGACUUGUCCAGACUGUAAUCUGCUGCCAACCGGGCUCGUACUCGGGAUCCCGGACAUCGCGGGGAGGCUUCUGGAAGAAGAGAUUGAAUAAAGUACGUCUCGAAUCAUAAUAGAUUGUUGAUGUCGGUACGUGUCGUCGUCUAGCCGGUGCUGCAAAGACCGCGCAGGAUGGUCCCCUUGGUCGAUGAACAAAGAGCCGUCGGCCGUGUCGAGCAAAGUUGGCGCGCAUUGCGGCGGUAGGAUACCGGUGCGCCAAC